AUGUCUAUCCCAGUCCCAGCAUACAUUCACGUCAGAUUUGCCAAGCUGCGCAGCGACUACCUCAACUCCCUAAGAAGCUGGGAACAAAGCGUCCAAAACAACCGCAACCUGAAGAGCUAUGAUUUAAGCCAGAGACUCAUCAAACUCACGGAUCAUAUAGGAAAGAAUUUCCUGAUCCCUGAAAUUCUCAGGAGCACCCGCAAGCCCUUCUGCUUCCGCACCAGAGUGGACAGCAUUAUCAACAUCCUUCUGGACACCAUUGAGAUGCUCCAUGGAGACCGGUACCUUGUGAAUAUUGCUCCAGGCUUCCUGGCUCAUAUUCUGCGCAUGGUAAGUAUCCAGAUCGGUAGACUAACCCUUGUGACUGGAAGAGAUGAUAUGACUAUUGCCUCCGAUAGGUCAGCCAAUGCCAUGGAUGCCUCGGCGCGGAUUGGGGAUUUUGGUGCUUGUGAUGCUCUACAGCGGCAGGUGCUGACUGGGGUUUGGAAGCGGUUGCAUUUUGCCGGUAAGUUCUGUGAUUGUGGGCAGUGCAGCCUGAGGAGGCUAAUGGAUGUUGAUGUUUCUAUGGAGAAGAAUGGAUGUCUUGUAACUGAUGGAUCUAUGGAAAUUCACAUGGCUGCACUUUAA